AUGACGACCUCAACAGCUGACUCUAUCAAUGGCUUUUCCAUUGUGACCAUUGUGAUCUUUAUCCUCGUGCAGAUCAUCGUGAUCCGCGGGGUGAAGGUGCCAGUGUUCCUUCCUGCUUUCGGUGAUCCCUCGAGGAAGUGGAUUCGGACGCAUUUUCCUCUGAAUCUUGUAACUGCGCCGGUGUUGGGUGUUAUCAUCCUCCUCAUCGCGCAGUGUAUAGGAUGGAGCGUGGUGGGAAAUGGAAUCGCGGGUACGGAUGGCAUUGUGCCGUACAACAUCCUGAUUCUGUUCUUUUCGUUGGCAUACAUGGCUAUUUCUCUCGACCUGACAGGAAUUUUGCAGAGCGCAGCUUUCUGGGUAUGCAACAAAGGUGGCUCGAAAGGCCGUGUUCUGUACUUCUAUUUCUACCUCCUCACGACAGGGCUGAGUGUCGUUCUCGGUAAUGACCCCGUCAUCCUGAGCGGAACAGCUUUCCUGGUCUACUACACCCGCGUCGCGGAAGUCUCCCCAAUCUCCUGGCUGUUUUCAGAAUUUGCAUCCUGUAAUACAUCUUCCAUGGUCCUCUUCGUCGGAAACCCGACAAACCUCGUCGUGUGUGAAGGGUUCGGGAUUAAUUACCUCGCCUUCACAGCCUGGACCAUUCUCCCCUUCCUGGCAUGUUCUGUCGCAUGUUACAUUGCGUUGUACAUCCAGUUCAGGAAAGAGGAGUACAUCCCGAAACGAAUCUACACCCCCGAGCUCGAUCCGAAAAGUGUCUUGCUAGAUCCCGUCGGCGCAAUCGUGGGAAGUGCGAUGCUCCUCGCGUGCCUCUUCGUCCUCAUCGGCGCUUCUUUCGCGGGUGUGGAAGCAUGGGAGAUUUCCAUGCCCUUCGCGGUCGGAAAAUUGAUCUUUGACGUUGUUUGGGAUCAGAUCAAGUUCAUGAAGAAAAGGAACGAGCGAGCGGAAGCUGACUCUGGUAGGGAGCUUGAGCAUGUUGAUACGCCGAGACCUGGAGAGACUGUGCAGAUGGCUUCGUCUACUAAGAUGGCGGAGGAGUCAGAUACGGAGGGUUUGACAAAGAGGGCGAAGUCGCAGGAUCCUGUGGCUGCAGUUGCGGAUGGUGAUGUCCCUGAGGCUGACAGACCUACUGCUGUUCAGGAAGACGAGGUCCACCCGGAUCCCACGGCCACUCCCGCCUCUAAACCCGUGGCGAACGAGCAACGCACCGUCGUCCCCUCUACGUUCGCUCGCAAAUGGGAAGUCUUCAAACAUCGCUUUCCAACCCUCGCAACCACCCUCCCCCGCCUCCCCUUCGGCCUCCUCCCCUUCGCCUUCGCCCAGUUUAUCCUUGUGGAAGCCCUUGCUCACACAGGCUGGAUCGCGGUCUUUGCCCGUUGGGCGGCGGUAGUGUGUGGUACCUCUCUCCCGGCAACCGUCUGGUUCUUCGGAUUCAUGACGGUGGUACUCUGUAACAUCAGCGGCACAAAUAUCGGCGCAACAGUCCUCCUUGCCAAAAUCGUGCAACACGCGAACUUUACAGCCAGGACAGGCGUUGAUCAAGCGAUCAUCCGCGGUGCCGUAUGGGCAAUCGCCGUAGGCAGCAACAUCGGUGCCGUAAGUUUCACAUUCUCGGCUUCCUUGGCGGGAUUACUCUGGCGGACGAUUCUGUUGCAGAAGGGAAUAAGAAUUACGGCUUGGCAGUUCAUGAGGUGGAAUGUGUUGCCGAUCGUUACGAUGGCUGUGGUUGGGUUUGCGGUGGUGUAUGGGGAGGUUAAGGUGUAUUAUGGAUCUGCUUAA